UCCUUCCGCUUACCGCCAAAAAAAAAGGAAAAUAAAAAAAUGAAAGCUGUAAUCAAAAAAAUCAAUUUCGAGCCGUAAUUUUUCAAAGUUUUAAUUAAAUCUAUCUUGUUAAUUAACCUCAACCAACUUUCGUAACUGCUCAGUAAAUCAUUCACGAUAUCGACAUGGGUAUUCAAGGAUUAGCCAAGCUGAUCGCUGACGAAGCAGCAUCUUCGGUGAAACAAUGUGACAUCAAAUCGUAUUUCGGGCGUAAAAUCGCCAUUGAUGCGACUAUGAGCUUGUAUCAGUUCCUGAUCGCUGUACGAAGCGAAGGCAUGCAGCUGACAUCGGUGGACGGAGAGACAACCAGUCAUUUGAUGGGCACGUUUUAUCGUAGUAUUCGUUUGAUCGAGAAUGGAAUCAAACCGGUGUACGUAUUCGAUGGUAAGCCACCUGAAAUGAAAUCCGGUGAAUUGGCUAAACGUGCUGAAAGACGCGAAGAAGCUCAGAAGAAUUUAGAAGCUGCCGAAGAGACUGGUGAUAACAACUUGGUCGAUAAAUUCAGCAAACGUUUGGUCAAAGUUAACUCUAAACACGUCGAAGAAUGCAAAGAUUUAUUGAAAUUGAUGGGAAUCCCAUUCGUCGAAGCUCCUUGCGAAGCAGAAGCUCAAUGCGCAGCUAUGACCAAGGCCGGAUUAGUAUACGCUACAGCGACCGAAGAUAUGGAUGCUUUAACAUUCGGUUCUCCCGUUCUAGUAAGACAUUUAACUUUCAGCGAAGCUCGAAAAGUUCCAGUACAAGAGUAUCAUCUGAGUAAAGUCUUAGCUGGGAUGAAUCUAACUUACGAUGAAUUUAUAGAUCUGUGUAUGCUGCUGGGCUGUGAUUAUUGCGAUAGUAUACGAGGUGUGGGUCCUAAAAGAGCCAUGGAAUUCAUCAGAGAGUAUCGUAGUAUUUCUAAGAUAAUUGAGAAUAUCGAUAGCAAGAAGUUCACGUUGCCAGAAAACUGGAAUUACGAACAAGCCAAGGAACUGUUCAUCAAUCCGGAAGUCAAAGACCCUAAAACUAUAGAAUUAAAAUGGACCGAAGCUGACGAAGAUGGUUUGGUCAAGUUCCUCUGCGGUGAUCGUCAGUUUAACGAAGAAAGAAUCAGAAACGGAGCUAAAAAAUUAAAUAAACUCAGAACUGGAAGCGUACAAGGACGUUUGGAUUCGUUUUUCACUGUUACUCCUUCUCCAAAUGCUAAUAAACGCAAGGCUGAUGACAAAAAACAAAACUCGACGAAGAAAGGUAAAGCUGGAGGUGGUAAAUUUAGAGGAAAACCGAAGUGAAGCUUUAUGUGUUCUCAAUUAUUUGUGUUAAGUUUAGUUUUACGAAUCCUGAAUAUUUUUUACGUUUAACUUUUCACGAUCCUAUUUAUAAUGUACUCGUUUUAUUUUUGUAAUAUUUGUAAUGUAUUCUUCUCGAUGUAAUCGUUCGUUUGUAUAUUUUAAGCAAGAGAAAAUCACUUAUUUUUGAACUUUUGUAGUGUGAUUUUUCGUCAUUCUCUGUUGCUUAGAAAGUAAAAUAAGAAUUGACUAACUUAUUGAAAAAAGUAUUCCAAAUUCGGAUACUCUCGAUACUGUGAAAUUUUAUAUGCAAAUUUACGAUGUAAUUUUUUCUGCCAGUUUUUUUUUCUAGUAUUAUUGUCAAUUGUAAUUAUAAUAUUAAAAAUAUAUUUUACCAUGCGUAACUGA